CACAAUAAAUAAUGAAGUGGGUUAUACCAGACUACUAACAAAAAGGCGUGUAGGAAAAUUGAAUCCAGAAACAAAGGAUGGUUACCACUGUCAUCGGGCGUAGUUAGUAUGAUGAAAGCCACGGCGAGAGGACAACGUGCAUUGACGAUGCAGUUCCUUCCCAUUGUAUUGUAUUGUUUACUCUUUACAGCUGUCACCACUGCUCUCAAAAGAUGCGACGAUUGCGUCAAAGCAGUUGAUUGUAAGCCGGCUUUGGAUCUACUUCUCAGUGACAGAAGUCCGGAAGCAUAUAAACAACUGCGAGAUGCCGCUUGUGAUGUUAAAGGUUCUCAUAAGGUCUGCUGUUCUAGCAUACUUGGAGUGCGAUUUUCAACUGACGACAUUGAGAACAACGCACAAACUACUGGAGACGAAAUCGAAAAUCAUCGUAACAUCCGUCUUCUAGCAAGUGAGUGUGGUGAUAUAGACGGAAGCAGAAUUAUUGGCGGAACAACUGCGGGCCUUUAUGAGUUUCCCUGGAUGGCCCUCAUUUCUUACAAUGAAGGAGGAAAUUUGAAGUUUAAAUGCGGUGGCUCAGUUAUAACAGCGAGGUACGUGAUGACAGCCGGACACUGCAUCAACAAAAGUAUAGUUGGAGUGAGAAUAGGUGAUUACGACAUAAGCCAACCAGAAGAUUGUGUGGGGGAGGAGGAACUCCGUGAAUGUGAAUCUAAUUAUCAGGACAUUACCGUAACGCAUCGCAUACGUCAUCCCAAAUACGUCACAGAGUCAGUUGGAGUGGCGUUGCAUGACAUCGGGCUGCUACGUCUUGCUACUCCUGUGGAAUUUUCCUAUAGAAAUUCUGGAACUAUUUGUUUACCGAUAACGAAGGUUCUACGGGAAAGCGCAUUACCUGAUGACCACGGUACAGUAGCCGGUUGGGGAGCGACAGAAACACAACAGCAAUCCAACGUUCUACUCAAAGUUCAAGUGACUAUGUACUCAGAAUUGACGUGCAAAUCUUUAUACAAAGAUGCUUUUCGAUCGCGGCCAUAUAAUUCAAACAAGUUGAUGAAUACUAUAUGCGCCGGCGAGACUGGCCGUGAUUCUUGCAAAGGAGACUCUGGAGGACCUCUCAUGGUUGAAGCACCUUACAACGGAACGUACAAAUUUGUUCAAAUCGGCAUCAUUUCUUUCGGGCUUGAGGGUUGUGGUACAAAUAAACCUGGACUAUACACGGAUGUCCGAAAAUAUAUGAAAUGGAUUUUAGAUACUAUUAAACCAUAGAAUUUUACCAAACAUACAAUCAUACAAAUAUUAUAAAUGCGAAUGUUUAGAUGAAUGGAACUAUAAACGGCUAAACGGAUUUUGAUGAAAUUCG